ACUCGAGCACUGAGUCUGGUUUUGGUUCUUGCCGCGAACGGUCCUAUAUAUUUUCCCGAUUCGCGUACCGCUUCAUCGUCCGAUCCGAUUUCUAUAUUUAUUUCGUUAAAAUCGGGCAAUCGGUAAAAUAAUCCAUUGCAAGCAGCAGCAGCGCCACGAACAGAAAGCAAUCGAAGCCGCCGGGAACAUGGGAAGGACACUGGAAAUAACGCCACCGGAGCGAUCCAUUAACCUGGAGAAGCAACAGGAGGCCGGCGGUGUGAAUGUCGAGGCCGGAGCCGAGGGCACGGGGGCGAAGCGACGCGGUCACGAGACUAGCAAUCUGGAGGCAGCCACCCACCUGUUCAAGGGCAGUGUCGGUGCGGGACUCUUCGCCAUGGGCGAUUGCUUCAAGAACGGUGGUCUGGCCGGAGCCACCAUCCUGCUGCCCAUCAUCGCCGUGAUGUGCGUCCACUGCGAACAAAUGCUGAUCAAGGGCUCCAUUCUGGCGGUGGAACGGACACCGGGUGUUGAUUUUCUCGAUUAUCCGGAAACCGUGGAGAAGAGCUUCGAGUACGGGCCACGCCCCCUCCGGCGGAUGUCGCGCUUUAUGAAGCUGGUGGUGGAGAUGUUUUUGUGCGUCACCCAGUUCGGAUUCUGUGCCAUAUACUUUGUCUUCAUCACGGAGAACCUGUAUCAGGUCUUCCAACAAAAUGGCAUCGACAUCAGCAUGAGUAUGGUGAUGUUGAUCACCUUACUGCCGGCCAUGAUCCCCUCGCUGAUGACCAAUUUGAAGUACAUCUCACCCGUGUCCUUGUUCGCCAAUGUGGCUCUACUCUUCGGACUGAUCGCCACCCUGACCAUCGCCUUCUCCGACGGACCGAUGCCAUCGCUUGGCGAAAGACAUCUCUUCACGGGCGGCUCUCAGUUGGCCCUGUUCUUUGGCACCGCCCUGUUCUCCUACGAGGGCAUCGCUCUGAUCCUUCCACUCCGGAAUUCGAUGCGGAAACCGGAGAAUUUCAGCACACGUUUCGGUGUCCUCAAUAGCACCAUGUUCGCGACCACCGCUCUGUUCAUCUUCACCGGGUUUGUGAGCUAUGUGCGGUGGGGCGAGGAUGUGGCCGGAAGUAUUACCCUGAAUCUGGUGGUGGAGGACAUCCUGUCGCAGGUGGUCAAGGUGGUGGCUGCUCUCGGCGUCUUCCUGGGCUAUCCCAUACAGUUCUUCGUCAUGAUCAAGAUCAUCUGGCCGCCCAUCAAGCGGUCCAAUGAGUGCGCCCAGAAGUAUCCAAUCACCACGCAGGUGUGCCUCCGUUUCGUCAUGUGUAUGAUGACUUUUGGCGUCGCUUUGGUAGUACCCCAAUUGAAUCUAUUUAUAUCGCUCAUUGGAGCUCUGUGCUCCACCUGUUUGGCUUUCGUGAUUCCGGUGCUGAUCGACUUUGUGAUCCAGGCCCAAGUGCCCAAGGGACUGGGCGUCUGGUCGUACAUCAAGAACAUCCUCAUCCUGACAGUGGCCGUGCUGGGAAUCGUCACUGGCACCUACCAGAGCAUCGUGGAAAUAAUCAAAGAGUUUAAAUAGUAGACUUCUGUUAGUCAUACCCACUAUUCGUUAAUCAUAUACCUAUAUAAUAUUAAUUUUUUUUUGUUUUGUAAAUAACGAUAUUUCAUUCCUGUGUCACUUUCGUAUGUUUAAGUCUUAUAUUUUGUAUUUCGAUUUUUUUUGCCAUUAAUUUUUUGUUAAUAGUUUUUAAGCAAUUGUGCAUUUGUUUGUAUUAUAAAAUAUUAAUUGGAAGAAAGAAAAUAUCAUAAUAGCAAGCCAAAAUAAUAUGAUCUGCAAAAAAAAACACAAUUUUAAUAAAUGAUUAUAAAGCUGGUUUUUAAUUAAUUGGAAACUAAAGUUUUUUUGUAAAUUAAUUAUUAAAAAAAAACUAUACAUAUAUUUUUAAGGAUCAUGUAUAUACUUUUUGUGGUACAAAAAUUAUUUAAUAAAAUAGAAACAAAAACUCCGACCAGGCCCAUUGUACUUACUGGGUUUUUUUUUUAAAUUUUCGAACCAAGGGGGCCCUGAUAUUCAAAAUUUCCAACCUAAGGGUGUAUCUCAAAAAUAUAUUUCAUCCACAGACCCGAGAGCCUAACAGAACGUUCAGACUUUUGCAAAAUUUACUAAUUUUAUAAUUCCACAAAAAAAAAAAAACGAUUUUUUUUUAUUUAUUUGGAAAAUUUUGAAAAUUUCUUGGUAUAUCUUUCGAAAAUAGUGUCUUACUCUAGACUUUGUGAUUAUAAUGGAGAGGAAAACCAAAGUGAACAAUCUCAUAGAUCAUUUUGAGAGAAUCAACAUCUCUCAGAUACACGUUCGAGUCAGAAAGUAUCCGAUUUUCAAUCCUCUACUGAAAACUGAAGAAAUCCCAGCCAUUUCGGGGAUUUCCCCUCAAGAAAUAGACUUUUCUGAAGAGAAACUGAAGCUGGAUCCUUGCAAGGAUACGCCAAAGGAUGUCGAAGAAGAUUCCAAGCCAACUCCACCCAAGGAGGACGAGGGAGUUUCUGCAAACGAUAUUAAGGAGGAGGAAGCUAUGGAAUCCAAGAACUAUAAAGGGAAAGUCGGCUGGGUCUCGAAACAGGUGAAGGAUCUGCAAAUAAGGACCUCCAAGAUGGGAGAAAAAAAGCCCACUGAACCACGGCUCAUGGUUAUAACCGGCGAGAAUACAAAGAUCCUGAAUUCGGAUAAUAUUCGUGAUAAGCUGGAGAACAUCCUUCGAAAGCAUUGUUUCAAAACGAAUAUUUUGGAUCAACAGGAUACGGAUACGGAUAAGGAUAAAACUGAGGAGAACCAACAAAAUCAAGGAGAAUAAACUGAAUUUUCAAUAU